UUUGAAGAUCGGAUUAGUUACUUUCAAAGCGCAUGCGCAUAAAAUUAAAUGGAAGAUCUUCAUUGAAAACGGGGUUGAAUUUUCUUCUGUACAAGUAUUCGAACCGUCGAGGAUGGCUCCAAGAUACGAAUUAGCUGUUGGUCUCAGCAGAGGCCACAAAACAACCAAAAUCCGUGUGGCCAAAAAUAAAAAUGAGAAGAAAAAGACAGUGUGUGUUUUGCCAGCUAGAUUUAAAGGGAGGCAAACCAAACAUUCCAAGUUCAUCAGAGAUUUAAUCCGUGAAGUAACUGGACAUGCACCUUAUGAAAAACGUGCUAUGGAACUGUUGAAAGUUUCCAAGGAUAAACGUGCAUUGAAGUUUUUAAAACGAAGGUUGGGCACACACAUUAGGGCCAAAAGGAAACGUGAAGAACUUGGAAAUAUCCUUGUACAAAUGAGAAAAGCAGCUGCUCAUCAUUAAAUGUCCUAUUAAACUUUUAUAUUAUAUAUUAAUAAAAUAUAUAUAUAUAUAUA